AUGGAGGCCAGAGCUCAGAGUGGCAGCGGGUCGCAGUCCUUGCUGCAGACACCCCGUGACGGUGGCAGGCAGCGCGGGGAACCCGACCCCAGAGAUGCCCUCACCCAGCAGGUACACGUGUUGUCUCUGGAUCAGAUCAGAGCCAUCCGAAACACCAAUGAGUACACAGAGGGGCCUACUGUGGUCCCGAGACCUGGGCUCAAGCCUGCUCCUCGCCCCUCCACUCAGCACAAACACGAGAGGCUCCAUGGUCUGCCCGAGCACCGCCAGCCCCCCAGGCUCCAGCACCCACAGGUCCAUUCUUCCGCACGAGCCUCUUUGUCCAGAUCCAUCAGCACAGUCAGUUCGGGGUCUCGGAGCAGUACGAGGACAAGUACCAGCAGCAGUUCCUCUGAACAGAGACUGUUGGGACCAUCUUUCUCCUCGGGACCCGUCGCUGAUGGGAUAAUCCGAGUGCAGCCCAAAUCGGAGCUCAAGCCAGGUGAGCUUAAGCCACUGAGCAAGGAAGAUUUGGGCCUGCACGCCUACAGGUGUGAGGACUGUGGCAAGUGCAAGUGUAAGGAGUGCACCUAUCCUAGGCCUCUGCCAUCAGACUGGAUCUGCGACAAGCAGUGCCUUUGCUCAGCCCAAAACGUGAUUGACUAUGGGACUUGCGUGUGCUGUGUGAAAGGUCUCUUCUAUCACUGUUCUAAUGAUGACGAGGAUAACUGUGCGGACAACCCGUGUUCUUGCAGCCAGUCUCACUGUUGUACACGCUGGUCUGCCAUGGGCGUCAUGUCCCUUUUUUUGCCUUGUUUAUGGUGUUACCUUCCAGCCAAGGGUUGCCUUAAAUUGUGCCAGGGGUGUUAUGACCGGGUUAACCGGCCUGGAUGCCGCUGUAAAAACUCAAACACGGUUUGCUGCAAAGUUCCCACUGUCCCACCCAGGAACUUUGAAAAACCAACAUAG